AACAACAAAAGUAGCUGAGCUGAGUUGAGCUCCGGACAUUAUCUGAUUCCUUGCAAAUCCUCGGCCACUACCCUCGACAGUCUCAUCUUUGCUCUCUUCCUUUAGCGAUGCAAGCGCAACAUAUACACAACCAACUGAUUCCACCACCCACUCCAUUUCUCUGCCAUUCUCAUCUUAACCUUUCGACAAAAACUCGAGCACUCGGGCCCGCGAAGCCGUUCACUGUCAAGAAGGAAUUUUUGGGUGCCCGAUUAUGUGGGGUUGCCUUGAGGACGAGCAGUAAUGACGGGAGGAGGGGGAGAGUCAUCAGGAGAGCGAGGGGGCAAGUGAAAGAGCAGCAGAAUCAGAAGGAGGCGGCCGCGGCGGUUGUGGUUAAGAGGGCCUACCCUUUUCAUGAAAUUGAGCCAAAGUGGCAGCGCUAUUGGCAGGACAACAAGACCUUCCGGACCCCUGAUGAAAUCGACCCCGCCAAGCCAAAGUUCUAUGUUCUUGACAUGUUCCCUUACCCCAGUGGAUCUGGGUUACAUGUCGGUCAUCCACUGGGUUACACUGCCACUGAUAUUCUCGCUCGAUUCAAGCGUAUGCAAGGCUACAAUGUCUUGCACCCUAUGGGAUGGGAUGCAUUCGGUUUGCCUGCAGAACAAUAUGCCAUUGAGACAGGAACUCACCCCAAAAUCACUACUUUGAGGAAUAUCAAUCGAUUUCGCUCUCAGCUUCAAUCACUAGGUUUUUCGUAUGAUUGGGAUCGUGAAAUUUCUACUAUUGAGCCUGAAUAUUACAAGUGGACCCAGUGGAUUUUUCUUCAGUUGUUCAAGAGAGGAUUGGCUUAUCAGGCUGAAGUACCUGUAAACUGGUGUCCUGCUCUUGGCACAGUACUUGCGAAUGAGGAAGUAAUAGACGGUGUUAGUGAGCGAGGAGGGCAUCCUGUUAUAAGAAAGCCAAUGCGGCAAUGGAUGCUCAAGAUAACUGAAUACGCCGAUCGUCUUCUCGAAGAUUUAGAUGACCUCGACUGGCCAGAAAGCAUUAAAGAAAUGCAGAGAAACUGGAUUGGGAGAUCAGAAGGAGCGGAGCUGAAUUUCUGCAUUCUUGAUAAUGAGGGCCUAGAGAAAGAUCUAAAGCUUACUGUAUAUACUACUAGGCCCGACACAAUCUUUGGAGCAACUUAUCUAGUUGUCGCCCCGGAGCAUCCCUUGUUGUCACUAUUUGUCUCUGAAUCUCAAAGGCAAUCUGUGGAGGAAUACAAGGACCUAGCUGUUAGAAAGAGUGACCUUGAGAGGACCGAACUUCAGAAGGAGAAGACGGGGGUGUUUAGCGGCAGUCAUGCAAGGAACCCUGCCACUGGCAAGGCAAUCCCUGUAUGGGUAGCUGAUUAUGUCUUGGGAAGUUAUGGAACCGGAGCAAUCAUGGCUGUACCAGCACAUGAUACACGUGAUCAUGAAUUCGCUUCGAAGUAUGACAUUCCCAUCCAUCUGGUCGUGAAUCCAAGUGAUGGAAAUAUAGAUGAUCUGAAGACGGCUUACGUUGGUGAGGGCAAAAUGGUCAAUUCAUCAAAUCCAGCAGCAGGGCUUGACAUCAGUGGCAUGCUUAGCAGUAAGGCUGCUGUGAGAGUCACCGAGUGGGCCGAGAAGUCUGGAAAUGGGAAGAAGAAGGUGAAUUACAAGCUCCGGGACUGGCUUUUUGCUAGGCAACGUUACUGGGGUGAACCAAUCCCCAUUGUUUUCUUGGACGAGACUGGUGAAAGUGUCCCCAUCCAUGAGAACGAACUGCCCCUUACUCUUCCUGAAUUGGAUGAUUUUACACCCACUGGGACGGGGGAACCACCCUUGUCAAAGGCAGAGUCCUGGGUUAGAACAACUGACCAAUCAUCAGGAAAACCCGCUAAAAGAGAAACGAGCACCAUGCCUCAGUGGGCAGGCUCUUGCUGGUAUUAUCUGAGAUUUAUGGACUCAAGAAAUCCCAAAGAGUUGGUCAAUAAGGACAAAGAAGCUUACUGGGGCCCAGUUGAUGUGUAUGUGGGUGGUGCAGAACACGCUGUCCUUCAUUUGUUGUAUGCUCGGUUCUGGCACAAGGUUCUUUACGAUAUUGGAGUUGUCUCAACGAAAGAACCUUUCAAGUGUGUUAUAAACCAGGGGAUCAUCCUUGGAGAAGUUCAAUACACAGCUUACAAAGACUCUGAUGGAAAUUAUGUAUCCGCUGACGCUAUAGAUACAUUGGGGGAGUACAGUCAAGAAAUAAUUCCUGAUGAUAAAGUUCUCAAAUCUGGGGAUUCUUUUGUGCUGAAAGAAAAUCCCGAUGUUCGUCUUGUGGGUCGGGCUUACAAAAUGAGUAAGAGCAGGGGCAAUGUCGUCAACCCUGAUGACGUAGUUUUGGAGUAUGGCGCAGAUUCUCUCCGCUUAUAUGAAAUGUUCAUGGGACCUUUCAGAGACUCAAAAACUUGGAGUACAAGUGGAAUUGAAGGCGUCCAUCGCUUCUUGGGGAGAACAUGGAGAUUGAUUGUUGGUUCACCUCUUCCUGACGGUUUGUCCAGAGCUGGAACAGUUGUGACAGAUGAAGAACCUUCUUUGGAACAACUCCGGGCGCUCCAUAGAUGCAUCUCUAAGGUGACAGAGGAGAUUGAAGGCACGCGGUUCAACACCGGAAUUUCAGCUAUGAUGGAGUUCAUAAAUGCAGCAUACAAGUGGGAAAAACAUCCAAAAUCCAUCAUAGAAGCUUUUGUUCUGUUGCUUGCACCCUAUGCUCCUCAUAUGGCCGAGGAGCUCUGGUGCCGCCUUGGACAUUCAGGAUCCUUAGCCUACGAGUUAUUCCCUGAGGCUAAUCCAGUCUAUUUAAAGGACUCGACAAUCACCUUGCCUGUCCAAAUUAAUGGGAGGACGAGGGGCACAAUCCAAGUGGAAGAAGGGUGUUCUGAGGAAGACGCCUUCAUACUAGCUUCUCAAGACGAGAAGCUGCUCAAAUAUCUUGAUGGGAAUCCCAUCAAGAAGAGAAUCUUUGUUCCCGGGAAGAUCUUAAACAUCAUCUUAGACCGUCAGAAGGCUAACAUUGGUAGCCGUUAGCUAUUGCAGCUCGCACGCACCUUCGGCUUCUUCUAUGGAUUAAAGACCCCUUUUCAGCCAGUCUUCAACCUUCCCUUAACUAUGCCGAGUCCUACAAGUGAUUCAUCUUUCUGGACAAUUAAGGAAGAAUUAUUCCAGGUUAACCUUGACAGAGCUGAUUCGAUAUGAUGAUCGGAUGAAAUGAGGCAUUUGAUCUGGAGUCGAGGGGAGUGAUCUGUGCAAGAACAUACCGGUAGGGUAAUGAGUUUUUGUUCGGUAGGGUAAUGAGGCAUCUAUCUAUAUAAUGUUAUAGGUAUUUAAUUUAGACUCCUAGGCAUUGUGCAAUGAGAGAUUUCCAUUUAUUUAAUGAGAGCAUGACACAGAAGCAUCUUGGGUGAAUUGUUGCUCCGUGGUUAAUUGUCGCUUUGAUUCUCCUUAUUGAAUGCCCCAUGUAAAAUUUUAUUAAAUUUAUUGAAAUUCAAAACAAUCUAAUUAAAAUUUCCACUA